CACUGCCAUUUUUGCUCCCUGUUCCUUCAGCUUCCGCCUCCUCCUCCCUCCCCUCGCACCCACGGCAGCUUUGCGUUUGCUGGCUACCUCCCCCUCCUCUUCCUCCUCCCUGGAUUUGGGCGACAAAAGCUAGAGGAGAGAGAGAGAAGGCCAAAGCAAAGCAGGCAGCCAGCGCGAGCAGGGAUGUAGAGAGAGAAAAAGAGCAGCACACACAAGAAGCCUCACUUUCUCUCUCCUCCACCACCCCCUUUUUCUCUCCCCUCCCCUGCACACAACACAAGCACUCCGUCCGUUCUCUCCCCUUGUCGUCGUCCUCCCCUCCGCCUCCUCUGCCACCCCGUGUCCUAUUCCUCCUAGCACCCACCACCCAGCUCCCCCCUGUAAUCUCUCCCUCUCAGUCAGUAGUAGGAGCAAGUACUACGAGGCUACAAGUAGUAGGCCUUGGUACCGACGAAUCCCAGCUCCCGCGGUCGUCCGUCCGUCCUAGUAGAGGCUAAGCUGGCGAGGAGGGUGGCGGCAGCUGCAUUGCCGGCAGGGGAGAUUCCCGGCCUGCGCCGUUUCCUCCCCACUGGUUGGUCGGCUGGCGGCUCCGCCUUCUGAAAAAAGAAGUCCCAAUCUUGGCGCGCGCGCCUCGUGGCGGGCGGGCGGGUGGCCGGCCGGCCGGCUGAUUCGGCCUUGCGCCGUGGCUAAUUCGGCCUGAGAUUCGAGGAUCCCCGGUGAAAGCCUCGCCGCGGGUCUUGAGUGGAUCCUGGAUUUGAGGCUUCCUGUUGCUUCAGGAAUCACGGCUUGAGGAGGUGGCGGCGGCGGCGGCGGCGGGGUGACAGAUCCCUCUUCCUUCUGCGCCACCUGCUGAGCUCAGCAGGAGCUAUGAGACAAUGACGGAAGAGAGCGCCAAGAAGAGCAAGCUUUCAUGGUCCAAGUCCCUCGUGAGGAAGUGGUUCAACAUCCGGCCCAAGGCGCAGGACUUCCAUGCGGAUUUCGACGCCAGCCAGGCAAGGGAUGGUGGUGGUGGAUCAUGGAAGCCCAGCUGUUCCUCAAGCGAAGCAAGCGCAAGCACUGCUGCCAAGAAAAGCAGAACUGACCGAUCGUCGUCAAAGCGGAGUGCUGAACGCGCUCGCCGAGGGAAGAAUAAUUUUGAUGCAGCACGCCUGACAGAAGUGCAAGAUUACAGGAUCUUUGCUGCAACGUGGAACGUCGGUGGUAAGUCACCACCAAGGGGGCUAAAUUUAGAUGAAUGGCUCCAUACUUCUCCUCCUGCCGAUAUCUAUGUCUUAGGGUUUCAAGAGAUUGUCCCUUUGAAUGCGGGAAACGUUCUUGGCACUGAAGAUAACCUUCCAGCCAAGAAGUGGGUGUCCCUUAUUAGGCGGACACUGAACAAGAAUCCUGGAGCUAGUGGUUGUGGUGGCUAUCAUACACCUUCACCAGUCCUGGAUCCAGUUGUAGAACUGGAUGCUGAUUUUGAGGGGUCUGCAAGAAGGCAGGAGAACUUCUCAUUCUUUCAUCGCCGGUCGUUCCACAACCUCAGCCGUAGUUUAAGAAUGGAUGGGGACUUCAUGUUCCCACAACCAAGGCUAGAUCGCAGGUUUAGCGUUUGCGAUCCAGUCAACUUAGGAGGCAGACCAAGUGAUUUUGAUGGGAAUCUGCGCUGCCCUGGAUCACCUGAUGAGGAUAACAUAGAUAUGGAAGUGAGCGAUGGUGCACAAAUUUCACCAUUCCCUCAUAGCUACAGUGCAUCUGCACCUUCUGAACAAAAUGAUGAUCAAUCAAACAGCUCUAGGUAUUGCUUGGUUGCCAGCAAACAAAUGGUUGGCAUAUUUCUCACAGUGUGGGUACGCAAUGAAAUAAGAGAUGAUGUCAGAAACUUGAAAGUUUCUUGUGUGGGCAGAGGAUUGAUGGGUUAUCUUGGAAAUAAGGGUUCAAUUUCAAUAAGCAUGUCUUUGCACCAGACAAGCUUCUGCUUCAUAUGUUGCCAUUUGACAUCAGGGGAAAAGGAGGGGGAUGAACUGCGCAGGAAUUCCGAUGUUCUGGAAAUUUUAAGAAAGACUAGAUUCCCACGGGUUCGUGGUGCUGGUGAUGUUAAGUCACCUGAAACGAUUCUUGAUCAUGAUCGGAUUAUAUGGCUAGGGGAUUUGAAUUAUCGGAUUGCCCUAUCAUAUUGUUCAGCAAAGGCUCUUGUGGAAAUGCAUAACUGGAAGCAAUUAUUGGAGAAAGAUCAGCUGCGGAUGCAACAAAGAUAUGGACGAGUUUUCCAAGGUUGGAGAGAAGGGAGGAUCUAUUUUCCUCCCACAUACAAAUAUUCAUUCAACUCAGAUCGGUAUGCUGGAGAGGGUAGGCACCCUAAAGAGAAGAGGAGAACACCAGCAUGGUGUGAUCGCAUUCUCUGGUAUGGUAACGGCCUCAAUCAGCUGUCUUAUGUUCGUGGCGAGUCUCGUUUCUCCGACCACAGGCCGGUGUACAGUAUCUUCCUGGCAGAGGUUGACAUUGUACACCAAAGGAGGAGAAACAUGGGAUAUUUCAGCUCUAGAAUCGAGGUGGAAGAGCUCUUGCCGCAUUCUCAGAGCUAUAGAGAAAUAAAGUUUUAUUGAGUUUGACUUAUAGCAUGAUAUAAGGUUAGGAGGUUGGUCAAAUGUUCUAUAUGUAGGGUUCCAGAUUCAGUUCUCUAGAUGAUCAGAUAUACCGAAGACAGAAUGUGCAAAUACUAACUGAAUGAAAAGGACAUUGGGCAAUUUUGCUGCUGAUCAACAGAAAACGAUGGCUAUGUCGUCGGAGAUGUACCAGCCCAUGUCGCUAACUAUACAUUUCAUCCAACUUUAGCCCCCUUAGUUCCUCCUAGUCCUAGCGACAUAUUUGCUUCAUUUUUUUUUGUUCGCUUUUUUGGUAGUUGAACCCUGGAGUGUCAACAAACACAACAACAUGUUUUCUUUUUCUUUUCUUUUGCUUUGCUUCUUUUCCUUCAAGACUAGAAACUUUGUAAAACCAGCUAAUGUUUGUGUACCCCAGCAAGUCGUGGACCCGUUUUAAGGCAGUGAAUGAUACAUGGAAUGAAUUAGCUUCAGGAUGAUAUA